UUUUCAAUAAGGCAAAAUUUGUAGAACCAACAUUAGGAGGUCCUGCUGACGUUCACACGGAAACCAACGCUAAUGACCGAUGUUUGUUAUGCUACAAUUAGCAGUAUGCCUGCUGAACGCAAGCGCUCAGUAAACAUGGACGAGAAAGACGUUUGCACCUUCAGCAGCAAGGAGAAGGACAGAGAUGGUGAGAGAAGACCAGCGUCCGCACGAGACAAAGCGAAAGACGAGGCCAAGAUGAGCGGCAAAAAAGACGGGGGCAAGGAGGAGAAGAGGAAGCGCCUGGAGGAGGAGAAGAAAAAAAAGGAGGAAAAAGAGCGGAGAAAGAAAGAGGAGGAGAAGCAGAAAGCGGAGGAAGAGCAGAAGAAGAAAGAGGAGGAGGAUAAGAGACAGCAGGAGGAGGAGGAGAAGAAGCUUCAAGAGGAGGAGGCCAGGAGACAACGUGAAGAGGAGGCGGCUCUCCUGAAGGAAAAGGAGGAGGGACAUCAGCUGCACCAGGAGGCCUGGGAGCGCAAUCAGAGCAGGAAGGAGCUCCGCAGCAAGAACCAGAACGCCCAGGAGGGUCGGCCCGAGGAGGCCUUCUUCAGCCGCCUGGACUCCAGCCUCAAAAAGAACACGGCCUUUGUGAAGAAGCUGCGCACGCUUACCGAGCAGCAGCGGGACUCGCUCUCCCACGACUUCGGCUCUCUGAACCUCAGCAAGUACAUCGGCGAGGCCGUGAGCUCCGGUGAGGCCAAGCUGAAGAUCUCCGACGUGGGCUGCGCCGUCCACCUGUGCUCCCUCUUCCACCAGCGGUACACCGAGUUCGCCCCGUUGCUGCUGCAGGCGUGGAAGAAGCACUUCGAGGCCAGGAAGGAGGACAAGUCGCCCAACGUGAGCAAGCUGCGCACCGACCUGCGCUUCAUCGCCGAGCUCACCAUCGUCGGCCUCUUCACCGACAAGGAGGGCCUGUCUCUGAUCUACGAGCAGCUGAAGAGCAUCAUCGAUCCCGACCGGGAGACGCACACCCACGUGUCGGUGGUGAUCAGCUUCUGCAAGCACUGCGGGGACGACAUCGCCGGCCUGCUGCGCAAGGUCAAACUGGCCGCCGAGAAGUUCGGCCUGGGCUUCCCUCCCAGCGAGAUCAUCAGCACAGAGAAACAGCAGCCCUUCCAGAACCUCCCGGAGUACUUCACCUCGCUCACCAAGCACCUGAAAGACCACCGCGAGCUGCAGAACACCGAGAGCAGAACAGGUGCGCGCAUCUUGCACUCCAAAGGGGAGCUGAGCGAGGACCGACACAAGCAGUACGAGGAGUUCGCCACCUCGUACCAGAAGCUGCUGGCCAACACCCAGUCUCUGGCGGACCUGCUGGACGAGAACAUGCCCGAGUUGCCUCAGGACAAGACCGUGCAGGAGGAGCACGGCCCCGGCAUCGACAUCUUCACCCCCGGCAAGCCCGGAGAGUACGACCUGGAGGGCGGGAUCUGGGAGGAUGAGGACGCCCGCAACUUCUACGAGAACUUGGUGGACCUGAAGGCCUUCGUCCCCGCCAUCCUCUUCAAGGACAACGAGAAGAGCGGCCAGGGCAAAGACAAGGACGACGCCAAGACCGCCCUGCUGUCGCUGUCCGGUUCAGAUGGCAAAGACGGAAGGACGCGGCGGGCACCUCCACCACCCCCACCCCACCACCCAGAGGAGCUAGAGCUUGAGCUGGAGGCUCUGGACAUCGCGGACGAACCUCUGGCUGAGGGACCGGACGAGGCGGAGAGCGAAGAGCUGGCCAAGAAGCUGCUGGACGAGCAAGAACAAGAGGACGAAGAGGCCAACACCGGGUCCCACUUGAAGCUGAUCGUGGACGCCUUCAUCCAGCAGCUCCCCAACUGCGUCAACAGAGACCUCAUCGACAAGGCUGCCAUGGACUUCUGCAUGAACAUGAACACCAAGUCCAACAGGAGGAAGCUGGUCCGAGCCCUCUUCACCGUGCCCAGGCAGAGGUUGGACCUUCUGCCCUUCUACUCUCGCCUGGUGGCGACUCUUCACCCGUGCAUGUCGGACGUGGCCGAGGACCUGUGCUCCAUGCUGAAGGGAGACUUCAGGUUUCACAUCCGGAAGAAGGACCAGAUCAACAUCGAGACCAAAAACAAAACCGUCAGAUUCAUCGGGGAACUGGCCAAGUUCAAGAUGUUCUCCAAAACCGACACGCUGCAUUGUCUCAAGAUGCUGCUGUCCGACUUCACCCACCACCACAUAGAGAUGGCGUGCACGCUGCUGGAGACCAGCGGCCGCUUCCUCUUCAGAUCCCCCGACUCUCACCUGCGGACCAGCGUCCUGCUGGAGCAAAUGAUGCGUAAAAAGCAGGCCCAGCAUCUGGACGCCCGCUACGUGACCAUGGUGGAGAACGCCUACUACUACUGCAACCCCCCCCCCAUGGAGAAGACGGUGAGGAAGAAGAGGCCGCCGCUGCAGGAGUACAUCCGCAAGCUGCUCUACAAGGACCUGUCCAAGGUCACCACGGAGAAGGUGCUGAGGCAGAUGCGCAAGCUGCCCUGGCAGGACCCCGAGGUCAAGAGCUACCUGAUCUGCUGCAUGGUCAACAUCUGGAACGUCAAGUACAACAGCAUCCACUGCGUGGCCAACCUGCUGGCCGGCCUGGUGGCCUACCAGGAGGACGUGGGCAUCCACUGCGUGGACGGAGUCCUGGAGGACAUCCGGCUGGGCAUGGAGGUCAACCAGCCCAAGUUCAACCAGCGGCGCAUCAGCAGCGCCAAGUUCCUGGGCGAGCUGUACAACUACCGCAUGGUGGAGUCCGCCGUCAUCUUCCGCACCCUCUUCUCCUUCAUCUCCUUCGGGAUCAACCAGGACGGCAGCCCCAGCGCCCUGGACCCCCCCGAGCACCUGUUCCGCAUCCGCCUGGUCUGCACUCUGCUCGACACCUGCGGCCAGUACUUUGACCGCGGCUCCAGCAAGAGGAAGCUGGACUGCUUCCUCUUCUACUUCCAGCGGUACAUCUGGUGGAAGAAGAGCACGGAGGUUUGGACCAAAGAUCAUCCGUUCCCCAUCGACAUCGACUACAUGAUCAGCGACACGCUGGAGCUGCUGCGGCCCAAGAUGAGGCUCAGCUGCUCCCUGGAGGACGCCACCAAGCAGGUCACCGAGCUGGAGAGGGAGGUGCUCGUCAAACUAGGUCUGGCCAUGGGGAGGGACGGUCGCUCCAGCGCCUUGAGCGAGGAGGACGACGAUGGCGACGAUGACGAGGAGGGCGGCGCUGAGACCGAAGAGCAGUCGGGCAACGAGAGCGAGAUGAACGAGCAGGAGGAGGACGAGGGGUCCGAGAACGAAGAAGAGGAGCGCGAGGAAGAGGAAGAAGAGAACACCGACUACCUGACCGACUCCAACAAAGAGAAUGAGACGGACGAGGAGAACAACGAGGUCACCAUCCGCGGCGGCGGGCUGAAGCACGUGGCGUGCGCCGAGGACGAGGACUUCAUCCAGGCUCUGGAUAAGAUGAUGCUGGAGAACCUGCAGCAGCGCAGCGGCGAGACGGUGAAGGUGCACCAGCUGGACGUGGCCAUCCCGCUGCAGCUGAAGAGCCAGCUGAAGAAGGGCGGCUCCAGGGAGCCGUGCAUCGGCGAGGACGAGGCCGACGCCUCCGACACCAUGCAGUUUGUCAUGCUGACACGCAAGGGCAACAAGCAGCAGUACAAGAUCCUGAACGUGCCCCUCUCGUCCCACCUGGCGGCGAACCACUUCAACCAGCAGCAGGCCGAGCAGGAGGAGCGCAUGAAGAUGAAGAAGCUCACGCUGGACAUCAACGAGAGGCAGGAGCAGGAGGACUACCAGGAGAUGCUGCAGUCCCUCGCGCAGCGCCCGGCUCCGGCCAACACCAACCGGGAGCGCCGGCCUCGCUACCAGCACCCGAAAGGCGCCCCCAACGCCGACCUCAUCUUCAAGACCGGGGGAAGGAGACGCUGACGGGAGUCCCGCUCCGGGGUGAUCGGACGAGCGAGCGAUUGAACAAGCAAGAAAGAGGGAGAGAGAGAGCGAGCGAGAGAGAGAUCGGAGGGGAAGCCGGUCUGAAGAGGGAACGAGUCCUCCAGACGCCCCCCCUCCCCCCUAAAGGCCCCCCCACACCCCGCCGGGACUGAAAGGAAACCCUGGACCGGAUCACACCGUCCUCUCCCUGCCGAAAGGCCGCCAAGCCUCAACGGGGACUAAACCUAAAGGGUCAGAGGUCACAAGGUGUGUGUGUGUAUGUGUGAGGGGGGGGGGAUCGAGAAAGAUGACCUCCCUCCUUUUUUUUGGCAAGUAAAAUGAAAAGAAAUCCACAUCGGUCUGGAUCGGAACUAGAAAAGCCGCGUGGCAGCAGCGCGGCGACCGGAAGCGGCGGUGUCGGGACAGGACCCCCCCCACCCCCCCCCACCUCACCUCACCUCACCCCCCCACCCCACCACACACCCCCGCGCUCCACACCGGGUGCAAGAAAAAGAAGAAGAAAACGGACGCUCGAAAAGCAGCAAGUGGAUAGAAGUUCUUCAGGAGGAAAGUGAGGGACGUUCUCCUCUUUUUGGGGUUGUUUGAUUCUUGAAGGAAACAUCUGCACUCGGUCGUCAAGGCGACGCCUGUUUCUGAAACGUGGGCCGAUGGUGCGAGACUCGAGUGGUCGGCUGGUUAUAUUGAGGAUAUUAAUCCUCAUUUUUGGGUCGUUAUAAUUUGGUAACACUUUGUUUUAGUUGCUGUAAAGAAAAAAAACUCAUUUGGCUCCAAUUGUUGAGGAAAACCGACGCUGAUCUGAGAAGAUUCACAACAUUUAAAGGCACAUUCCAGACUUCUGUAGCUUCUGUUUGAUGUCGUAGUCCGUCCAAAAUAUUUGGGGUUUUUGAGCCGUGAAUUUCAAUUCUUUUCAUUUUUACCGUUUAUAAAUAUGAAUGAAUAUGAAUCGAGAAAAUAAUCAAUAAUUAAAACAUUUUCCUUACAUUCAUAAAAAAUAUGUAUAUUAUUUUCCAGGAUCUCGCCUACAAUUGAUAAGCGCUUUUACAAAAUGAACAUCUGUAAAAUAAAGAGUUUAUUCCGAUAAAUGCUGUACAUUUUGAGAUGUAGCUACAAUUAAUAAUCAUUUAGCCUCCAGUGCAAAGACGCUACUAAUCAUCUGCACUGUGAACAUGUGAAGCUGCUGUUAGCGUAGCUUAGCACAAAGGCUGUAAGCGGGGGGAGCCGUUAGCGCGGCGUCCACGUACCGACGCCUUUCCACUUCUGUCCUGCUGAGUUUUCCCUCCUCUCAGAACCAGGAGCAUCUCAGCGCUGAUUCGACAACAUUCGUUUUGCUUUGUGGUGGAAGAAGAAGAAGAAGAAGAAGAAGUAGUUCAGCCUGGUUGUUUUAUGUGAGCGAUGGAUUCAUGUUCUCGGCUGCAUGGCUCUUUUUGUCAUUUGUAGUGAAAUCCAUUCCGUCAGGGAGUCAUGGUACACAAUCUGUACAAUAAAUGUUUGAAGGUCGUUGCUGUUUCUUCAGGAAUGAG